CCCCCAGCCUCCUCACGCGCCUCCUUUAAUGCGCGCAGGGCGCGACGCAAAUCGCCGGCCCCCUACUUAUUCAGCGCCCUAAUCUCACGAGCCCAUCAGGGCCAGCCAGCGCACGCGAACGUACACCUACCUCGUCGAGCGAACGCAAGAGGCCCGAUCGAACUCGAAGCAACGAGACCACCAGCCAUGGCCGCGGCGGCUCCCCGCCACGCCGCGCUCCUGCUCGCCCAGCUGCUGCUCGGCCUCCUCUCCACCGCCGCCCUCGCCGGCGCCGUGGACGCCGAGCUCGUCACGUCAACCAAGAAGCCCGCCCCAGCGGUGCCCACCAAGAAGCCUGCCGUCAGGCCGCCGCCCGCGGUGCCCAGCCCCGGCGCGGGCGCGGGAGGCGUCGGCGGCGCGAUCCCGACCAUCCCGGGCUUCGGCGGCGGCAUCCCCGGGAUGGGCGGGUUCGGGAACGGCAUCCCCGGGAUGGCCGGCGGGUGGGGCGGCGGCUACGGCGGGCCGGCGGGCGGGUACGCCCGCGGCGGCGUGGUGGCGCCCACGGUCACCUGCACCGAGAAGGGGCCCUGCUACAGGAAGAAGGUCACCUGCCCCAAGAAGUGCUUCUCCUCCUACAGCGGCGCCGGCAAGGGGUACGGUGGCGGCGGCGGCGGGGGCAGCUGCACCGUCGACUGCAAGGUCAAGUGCACGGCGUACUGUUGAUCGGCUCACCCCGCCCGUCGCCGCGCAGCAGGGAGCUUCGUGGCCAGCUUGCUGCUGGUGUGACCGCGCGCGUCGGUGGGCUGAGUUGUUAUUGUUAACUGCAGUGUUGUAACAGUACUAGCGUACUUCCGGGCUCCAUGUUUGGUUAAGAUGCUCUGGUUAUGGUGCGUAAUCGUCUACAUUAUGCUCCUGUACUUCUCGUAAAGUUGUCCGUAUGAAAUCCACUAUGAAUCAAUAAAGAGCUUCAUAAACAUACAAAUGUCAUGUCA